UCAAGGUAGUGCGAGUGAAGAGCAAGAGGAGAACGAAGCUAGAGCGAUGGAAAAUCAAGAAGGUGGUUCAUCAUCAACAAAUGAUAAUGAUAGUGGACAGAUUUGGAGGCCAGUGGUUGAGCAAGAUUCCACCAACAAAAUUAAUUUGGGAUCUGCAACAGACAUAGACCUAACAUUACGAUUAGGUCCUCCAGGCACAAAAACUACUCAACAAAUAAUUAGGAGACCUUCAAAUCCUCCACCAGAAGAUAAAGCACAGCUCACUCUCGGUUUUGGAGACACCAAGCUUUCCAUAAAAGACCCUCAACCAGUCAUGGACAAAGGUCUUGGUCGGACUCAACUGAUCGCCGAGCCGUGUGCGCUCAUCAUGUUAUCUCGUGUAGAAGAAAUCACUAGCAUCCUGGACUUCCUUCAUCCGCUUCGUGUCACGAACUUGAGCACGCUUCUAGGUCAUCCAAGUACAUAUAACAUGUCAGUUUAUUUCUCCCAUUAUAAGAACCACCCUCAAGGGAAAGAAGUCUUCAAAUCUUCGGACAGGGGAAUUGAUGAUGGAGGAUGGGUGGUUAAGUGA